GUCAUGGUUAAAGCUGGGAUAAAGUGGGUGCAUUGUGCAAUGUAGCGUCCUGCGGUAAUAGCACUGGAGACUGAUUCAAGAGCAGGGCAGAGCAGAGCAUGACAUGACUGCUGUACUCUCAAACACACACUAACUCCACCUUCCACACGCCAACGACAAGAGGAAAAAAAAAAACCCGAAGCAAGUGUGUCAAUGAGUAUGGAAGAUUAUGACUACCUAUUUAAAAUUGUCUUGAUUGGAAAUGCUGGUGUAGGAAAGACCUGUUUAGUACGAAGAUUUACUCAGGGCUUGUUUCCACCAGGCCAAGGAGCCACAAUUGGAGUUGAUUUUAUGAUUAAAACUGUUGAUAUAAAAGGAGAAAAAGUGAAGCUCCAGAUUUGGGACACUGCUGGACAAGAAAGGUUUCGAUCCAUCACACAGAGCUAUUACCGCAGUGCAAAUGCCUUAAUAUUAACCUAUGAUAUCACCUGUGAAGAAUCUUUCCGUUGCCUUCCUGAAUGGUUAAGGGAGAUUGAACAGUAUGCAAGCAACAAAGUUACCACUGUUUUGGUUGGAAACAAGAUUGAUUUAGCAGAGAAACGAGAAGUAUCCAGAGAAAGGGGUGAAGAAUUUUCAGAAUCUCAGAAUAUGCAUUACCUGGAGACAUCGGCAAAAGAGUCGGACAAUGUUGAAAAACUGUUUCUUGACCUUGCGUGUCAGUUGAUUGGUGAAGCAAAGCAGAGCACACUGGUCAAUAAUGUAGCAUCUCCUUUGCCUGGGGAAGGCAGAACCAUCAGCUACUUGAACUGCUGCAACUUUAAUUAGAUAUGAACACCAGCCCAUUAAAUUGAACUGAUGCUUUGCAGGAGUAUUUUGUUGGUGAAGGAAAUUCCUACAUUUCUUGCCUAUUGACCAAAGCUCAAGCUGAUUUCUGGGCUUCAGUAUGGCAGACAGAUAUUGGGAGAAAAAAACCCAGCCUAAUUAGAAAGCUUUUAUGCUCCAGAUUGCCCAGGUAAAAAUAACAAUAAAAAAUCUAAACUUGUUUUUAAAAAAAUGCCCUUCAUAAUUAUGUUGUGCUUUGAAGUAGCUCUGCCAAAUGCUGACUCUGCACAAUUUGCCAUUUUGCUGCUACGUAAACAAUGAAGGCUUGUAUUAAUAGUUAGGAGUAAUUUGCAGCAUAGAAAGUACAGAAUUUGGAUCUGCUAUUAACAACAUCCUGGUUCCAUGCUUCACACAAUAUAUCGGUGCUAGACUGGUUUUUAUUAAGUUAUCUAUCAUUGAAAAUUUAGUUGGUUAAUAUAAAUGGAAAUUGCCAGUUUGAGAUAGUUCCUGCAUGUUGUCAUUAAGCUCUUUUACAUAGCUCUAAGAAAUAUUGCCAUUCCCUUAAGGAUGCGUUUCAUUUGUGCAACAAGGUUUUAUCUUCUCAAUCUGCAAAUAAUACCAUUUGAACCCAUUAUGGUUUCAUGGAAUAGUAGCUGUUGCAUUUCUAAUUUGGUUUAAACCACCAGGUUUGGAUUUGCCCUAAAAUGUUACAUUUUGUUUGAAGGUGAUCAGGGAAGAUUUUAUCUCUGGAUUGUGUAGCGAAAUUUAUUGACCAUAUUAAUUUGUGAGUUUUGCUACAUAUAUUUUACAAAAUCUUCCUGAUAUAAAUUAUUUCUUCUAACUGAUUCCGACGUUUCUGAAGAUGACAGAUCAUGCUGGGAUAGACCCUUUACUGCAGCUAAAUGCUCUUCUGCCCAAGAGAACCAUUAAACAUGCAUCUGUAGGCGUCGACAUAUUAGGCUCUCGUGGUAUGGUGUCGUCACAACCUCCAGGCAUAACAUCCGUCUAACGACAGCAAUUAUUGAUUGAUUUGGAGAAGGAACUUUGAUCCUAUUUUGUAUUCACAUUUUAAACUAGAUUAGAUUAGUUGCACAUGAGGUGCAAUGAAAUGUUUUUACAUGAAGCUCACAGAGUAAACAGUAUAAAUAAUGAUAAAUAUGACAAAUACAAUGACAAGUGCAAAACAGCAGAAUGGUGCAAGAUCAUAUUGUUCUUGACUGAUGAUUCAGCAUAGACUAAGCAUUCUGUCUAAAGCCUAUGAAUUUCUAAAUUUGAUGUUCUCUCUGUUAUGCUACUUUUGUUGGCUGAUGCUGAAACAUUAAUGCAUUUGCAACAUAAGGCAAUGUGGAAAAACCAUUAACUGCCAUAUUUCAACUGCAAAGAAUUCUUGUGUUAUCUUGUCAAUUAACUCUCGUGUUUUUGAAUAUUGCUGUCUUAAGUUGAAUUGGAAAAGCAUCCGAGCUGCACAUUUGUAUUUGCAUAACAGGAGUUCAAAUAAAACUGCAGGUA